UCCUUUUAUAAAACAACAAAAAUUAAAUUAAUUAAAAAAAAAAGCUUAGAGAAGAGUUGAUUGCGAGGCUUCAACGACUGCAGAACAAAUUGGCAGAUACAAAAUCUUCAAUCUCUCAUCUCCUUUAGCUUCUUCUCACGUAUCUUCUCCUUCAAUCAGUUUCGAUUGACUUCAUAUCGGAAAAACCUCUUCUUCUAUGUUGGAUUGUGUUCUUCAGUGACGUGUGGGGUUUGGAGAAUUAGCCUCGAAACGUUUUAAAAUUAGGGUUUGAAUCGUAAAAAUCGGAGCUUGGGGCUGUGACUGUGAUAUGAAGAAGCGUCAACAUUUGGGGGUUUUGAGAUUAGGGCUUGAAUUGCAGAUCAUCAUCUGGUUAUCGAUUUGGGUGGCGUUUCCGCAGCAAGCGGCGGGGCUUAGACCCAUCAGAGAGAAAGCUCGAACCUGGAGCGACGAGUGGCUCUUUGGUAGAAAACAAGUAUCUGAAGCAGGACGAUUUUCCGCAUGGAACAUAACAGGAACAUAUAGAGGAAAUUGGAAGUUUCUGGAUUCCUUAAAUAACUCUUCCAAGUUUCAAGACUUCCAGAAAUCAAAUGGUAAUUCUGUGGUUGAGUUAGUGGCUGUUCCAACUAAGAUAACCGGUGUGCAUUAUGUUCAGGGUGUAGUUGUUUUCCAUGACGUAUUUGACAAUGAACAAAAUUUGGGUGGUGCCCAAAUAAGUCUGGAAGGUGUAUAUAUAUGGCCCUUUAGACAACUCCGCCUCGUGGCUAACAGUGGCAAGGAGAGUGAUUCAGGGCAAGAUGAGAAUAAUCUUCUCUCAAAUCCCUAUCAUCUGCUCGGAAUCUUUUCCUCUCAAGUGUUUCAAGAAUCUACAAGAGACAGAAUACUGCAACGGAAGAUUUCGCCAAGAAAUGAGAUGGAUAAGCACUGUAACAUCGAAUUAGCAGCUCAGAUAUCCCGUGUGGCUUCUAGUGACAACAAUGGAGACAAAAGUUAUUAUCACAUGGACGGCUUGAUGGAAAGUCCAGGGGUAGGCGAUGACGGAGAUUGUUUCUCGCCUAUGCUCCUGAAUGCGACUUCUUUGAAUGUUGAAGUCUACUAUAACAAAGCUGUGAACUAUACACUGAUGGUCACUUUUGUCUCUUUCCUCCAGGUUCUUUUGUUGAUCCGGCAAAUGGAGCACGGUAACACACAAUCUGGUGCUGCCAAGGUAUCCAUUGUAAUGAUCGGACAUCAAGCAAUCAUGGAUGCUUACUUAUGCCUUUUGCAUCUCACUGCUGGGAUAUUAGUUG